UACAUACCCAUCAGUUCCUGCUGACGGAGGAAGGAGAAAACCAUGGGAGAAGGUAACGGCGUCGAUGGCUUCAAAUUGGUUGGAUUUUCCAAAUUCGUUCGAAACAAUCCCAAAUCUGACAAAUUCAAGGUGAAGAAGUUCCACCAUGUGGAGUUCUGGUGCAGUGAUGCUACCAACACUGCCCGCCGCUUCUCCUGGGGGCUCGGCAUGCAGCUGGUGGCCAAAUCCGACCUCUCCACCGGAAACAUGACGCAUGCCUCGUAUCUCAUCUCAUCUGGAGAUCUCAAAUUUCUCUUCACUGCACCCUAUUCGCCCACUAUUGCUGAAGCGGAGAAAUUUUCCCAUACUGAAACUGCUUCCAUCCCCACCUUUGACCAUGCCGCUUGCCGGGCUUUCUCCGCCUCGCAUGGCCUUGGCGUCCGAGCACUCGCAAUUGAGGUUGAGGAUGCCGAGGUUGCCUUCGCCACCAGCGUUGCCCACGGCGCAAAGCCAUCUUCCUCCCCAAUUGUGCUCGGCAAUCGUGCUGUUAUAGCUGAAGUCCAUCUAUAUGGCGAUGUCGUGUUGCGCUAUAUCAGCUAUAAAAACUCCAAUUCGAAUCCAGAUGAUGGUGCUGGGAGUUUGUUCUUGCCUGGAUUUGAAAAGGUUGAGGAGAAUUUGUCAUUCCCACUGGAUUACGGUAUCCGGCGGCUCGAUCAUGCCGUGGGUAACGUGCCGGAUUUGGGUCCAGCAGUGUCCUAUGUGAAAGCUUUUACUGGGUUUCACGAGUUUGCUGAGUUCACUGCUGAAGAUGUUGGAACAAGUGAGAGCGGACUCAACUCAGUGGUGCUAGCCAACAACGAUGAGAUGGUGUUACUGCCCAUGAACGAGCCGGUGUUCGGGACCAAAAGGAAGAGCCAGAUACAGACUUAUUUGGAGCAUAACGAGGGGGCAGGGCUACAGCAUUUGGCACUGGUAACUGAGGAUAUUUUCAGGACUCUCAGAGAGAUGAAGAAGAGAAGUUGGGUUGGAGGUUUCGAGUUCAUGCCAUCACCACCGCCUACGUAUUACAAGAAUUUGAAGAAUAGGGCUGGGGAUGUGUUGACUGAUGAGCAGAUUAAGGAGUGUGAGGAAUUGGAAAUUUUGGUUGACAGGGACGAUCAGGGGACUCUGCUUCAGAUUUUCACCAAGCCUGUGGGAGACAGGCCAACUAUCUUUAUAGAGAUAAUUCAGAGAAUUGGGUGCAUGCUCAAGGAUGAGGAAGGAAAGGUGUACCAGAAGGGUGGAUGUGGAGGGUUUGGAAAAGGCAACUUUUCAGAGCUCUUCAAGUCCAUUGAGGAAUAUGAGAAGACGCUUGAAGCCAAGCGAACUGCAGAAACUGCCAGCGCAUGAGAUGAGAGAACCAUUUGCUUUCUUGCUUUUCUGCCACCCAACGUAUUUUAAUAAGGUACUCAGUAAAUCUGAGUUGGUGUAGUGAUUUGGGAUGUAUGUCUACGGUUUUUAUUUUAUUUUAUUUUAUCAGUUGCAUGUCUACGCGAAUAAUCGGCUCUGUACCUAAUUCCUAUUAAUUGUUUGUAGGUAUUUUACUUAAUGAAAAAUGAUUUAUUCA